ACAGCUGCAAAGUUCAGAGAGUUGAACUGUGUGCUUUGAGUUCACUGCUUGAUCCGCCACAAUCAACCCCAGUUGUAAAUUUUCCUCCCGGAACACGUGACGAUGCAUUUCUUGACUAUAUAUCCCAAGGCCAGCAGCGGGGCUGUCAGAGCUCAGAGCCCAACACAGAAGAGAAACGUCCUCGGAUUCAGCCGUUUAGGAGUUCCACACUUGGGACGCACUGGCAGCCUUUGACCCGGGCUGUGUGAGAGGCAUUUCAAUGCUGAGGAUGGAACCUCUGAACAGUACACACCCCAGCGCCGCAGCCUCCAGCAGCCCCCUGGAGUCCCAUGUGCCUAGUAACAGCGGUGGUAAUGGCAAUGAAUACUUCUACAUUCUGGUUGUUAUGUCCUUCUAUGGCAUUUUCUUGAUUGGAAUCAUGCUGGGCUACAUGAAAUCCAAGAGGAAGGAGAAGAAGUCCAGCCUCCUGCUGCUGUACAAAGAUGAGGAGAGGCUGUGGGGGGAGGCCAUGAAGCCGCUUCCCAUGAUGUCGGGCCUGAGGUCAGUGCAGGUACCCAUGAUGCUGAAUAUGCUGCAAGAGAGCGUGGCGCCUGCUCUGUCCUGCACCCUCUGCUCAAUGGAAGGGGACAGUGUGAGCUCUGAGUCCUCCUCUCCAGAUGUGCACCUCACCAUCCAGGAGGAAGGGGCUGACGAUGAGCUGGAGGAGACCUCCGAGACCGCUGUCAAUGAGAGCAGUGAAGGGUCUUCAGAAAACAUCCACCAGAAUUCCUAGCACCCCCAGGCCUCUGGAGGUGGCUCCAUAAGCCACGCUUGACAGAGGAAAGACGUUUGCCAACUGCCUGGUUUCACUUUUGCUCUGCAGCUGCCACUUUGAACAGACUGUGGGCAAGCCCCCAAGAUGCGGGAGGGAGAGACAAGGCUUAGCUGGAGUCAUCGAGGUUCCUGUGGUUCGGAUCCACCACUGAAAAUGUCCCAGAGACACCACGGCAUGACCAUUUACUCUUGGUUCUGGGUGUUGGGGGUCCCUGUUCAGCAUCUGGCUGGAUCAUGUGUUGUUUUCUCACUGGAUGCCCUGGGUAACUUCUGCAGCAUCUGUUUGUGCCCAGGGCUGACAACUGCCUAGGGCAGGCUGAAGGACUACAUUUGAUUUGCUAAUUUGCCUAGAGCUUUGUUCUUCUAGAUCUGAUUGGCUGUAAGUAUCUUUAUUGUGUGCCUGUAACAUUUGGCCACUGAGAGUUACACAUUUCUUUUGGAGGUCUUUUGGAUUAGGAGGGGGAAUGCUUGACGGGAAAUUUUGAUAUGGAGAAAGCUGGAGGUAGUACCUAGAUUGUUUGCACAAUGCAAGGGGAGAAAGCAAUGUGUACAUAGGUCCACAUCAGCUGGGGAUAUAAGCUAUGACCUAUUUUGAGCUUUUGUCUCACCUGUGAGCUUGAACUCUUGACUUGUGACUGUACAACAUUGCAGGUGAGCGUGGCUUUCUUUGUCAGAGGGCCUCCUCAGAAUCAAGCCUGCAUUCAGGAUGGCUGUUGAGGGUGGUCCUCUUGACCUUUACAGAUUGGGUAAUGGUGGGGUUACACAAGGCAACAUCAUCGAUGGCUCUGCUAAGGCUCUUUUUCCCAGACUAGCUUCCCGAGGCCAGCGAGGACACAAGCAGGCCUCACCAUCUGGGGUGUUGUCACAUAGCUGAGACCUAGAAGGGCACAUUGAGGAGAACUUGAACAGAGCUUCGGUCCAAACACUGUGCUUCGUCAUCUGAGCCCUGACGAUCAUUUACUGUGUGGUCCUGGGCAUGUCAUCAUGAGGCUCAUUGCCUUCAUGAGGAUCGGGAGGCAGUGCAGCCCCAGGGGGCUGGGAGGACAUCUUUAGACUCUGUACUGUGUGAUAAAUCCUCCCUGGCCUGGUGUGAGGAAGUUUGGACCAAGUAUUUCCCCUUUGGCCGCUUAGUCUAGAGAAGGAUGUGUUGACUUAAAGGCACAGUUGGAGACUAGAUAUGUGUGACUGGGGAGUUUGGGGCUGAUCAGCGGUCAUCCCUACUGUAGCUUUCCCAGGACAGGACGGGAGAGGCAGCACAGUUUCCUCUGCAGAGUUCUAAAGAGGGGAGGACGUUAACACUCCCAGCUGAGGGGAAGAGAAGGCUAAAAGGAGACUCCCAGGACCACUUGCCGGUGUUCCAUAUCAUCUGUGGUCCAGAACUUUGCAAGCAGCCCACUGAAGACCUCCAGAAGGAAGCAGAAAAACAAAAACAAACAAACAAACAACAACAACAAAAAGCAAACCCCAAAGGCCAAGUUUGACUAGUGAAAACCCUCUUUAAUUUUUAUUUAUCCUGAGUCUCCCUGGGUUGGAGACAAAGAGGUUACUGCUGAACCCAUGGGAGGCAAACAGUAUAGGAGCUGGUUUUCCAAUCAGUUUUUGACACAGAGGUAGGGGUAACAUACUUCGGAGGGGAAAAGGGGCCCUCUGUUCACUUUAAGAUUCAGAGUGUGGACUAACUCCAAAGGGGGCCGUUUAAGUUGAAAGAAGCCAAGCUAAGUUUGGCCUCUUGCCUGGAAUCACUUGAAUUCUGAAACUUUACUGCGACAGACAUGUGCGUUGUCACAUUUUCCAUUGCUUAAUCCUGGUUUGGUGCAAGUCUGUCUGCGCCUGUUACAAAGUGAUGUAUAUACUUCCUUCUAAUACAUUGAGUUGUAGGCAAUUGUCUUUUGUAUUUAAUGGUUUGUAAUUUUCACGAUAUUUUUUUUAAUUUAAAUAAACACAUUUUCCCUGAGAA